AUGGGUCCUUAUUUAUCUUAACCAAUACGUGAGAAAACAACAAUAGGCGAUGUAUCUAAUAAUAAUUUAAAAUUCGCAUUAGCUGAAAUGCAAGGAUGGAGAAACAGCAUGGAAGAUAGUCAUAUAGCUGAUAUAAACAUUGACGAAGAAACUGCUUUAUUUGGAGUUUUCGACGGUCAUGGAGGAAAAGAAGUUGCAUAAUAUGUAGAAAAGCAUUUUGUAGAAGAGCUUAAAAAGAACACGAAUUUUAAGAACAAAUAGUUUGAUAUGGCUUUAAAGGAAACAUUUUUAAAAAUGGAUGAACUUAUGCUCACAAAAUAAGGAAUUUCCGAACUUGUUUAAUUUAAAAAUCCACUAAGAUAGCCUGAUAGAGAAGAAGAUGUGAAUUCGAUAUAUGCAGGCUGUACUGCGAAUGUAGCAUUAAUACACAAAAAGUAAUUAAUAGUAGCAAAUGCAGGAGAUUCUCGUACAGUUUUAUGUAAUAAAGGAUAGGCUGUAGAAAUGUCUAUAGAUCACAAACCUGACUAAGUUGAUGAAAAAAAUAGAAUUUAAAAAGCAGGAGGAUUCGUUACUGACGGCAGAGUAAAUGGAAAUCUUAACCUAUCAAGAGCAUUGGGAGAUUUUGAAUAUAAAAAUGCUUCAGGAAAUACAAAACCAGAAGAUUACAUUAUUACACCUUGUCCUGAAGUAAAAAAAAGAAAUCUUACAGAUGAUGAUAAAUUCAUGCUUAUGGGUUGCGAUGGCAUAUGGGAAUGUAUGACAAAUUAAGAAUUAAUGAAAUUUUGUGGAGAAAGAAUUGAUAAAGGAAUGACUCUUAAAGAUAUAUUAAUUGAAUUGCUUGAUACUAUUCUUGCUAAAGACACAUAAAAUGGAGUCGGAUGCGAUAACAUGACGUGCAUAUUAGUUUAAUUUAAAAAUUGAAUAUUUUUUAAAUU